AUUACUCUUUCUCUCUCUCUCUUCGACUUCAUCUACUAUAACAGGGUUGUUGGGAGCUUCAUUACUUCCAUUUUCAUCUCUGCCUCAGCUUCUGUUAUCUGGGUCGUCUUGAUUUCUUUUCAUUUUACCACUUGGCUGCUUUUCUCUUUUUUUAACCUGCUUUUGAAUUUUGAUUGGUUGAAAAAUCCUUCAAUUCUCUUUUGGGUCUCCUUUCUCAUCCGGAUAAGAUUUUGCUGCUUAUCUUUUUCUGAUCAUAAUUUUCUAUUAAGGUUUCUUUAGGCCCUUUUUUGUUUUGUUUCUGCCCUUGUUUCCCUCUUCCUUUCUGGGCUUCUUCUCUGCAUCUCUGUUUUCUUAACAAAUUUGCUUUUCUUCCCUACUGGGUUAUCUUUCUUUCUGCUUUCUUUCAUAUCUUUAGCUGCCCCAUCUGGGUUUUUUGUUUUUCCUUCGAGAAUUGGUUCAAAUCAGGCAACAUGGUUUCUUCAAAGCUCUUGCUUUCGUUCCUACGAUGAACUGCACGGAGACCAGGCUAGAUGCUAUAGUUGCUUAAAUUUAGAACUUGUUAUAAAGUUCUGAAGCAUGAAGUGUUUCUACAGCUUCAAUUGGAAAAACAAAAGCAGGGUACAGAAGUCGGCACCGGAGCUCAAAACUAGAAGCUCAACGGGUAGUUCGCCCCGGGCGCAGGCAAGCAAAUCCUCAGGUUCCUCUUCCUUGCAGCGAAGCCUCCCUGAGUUGUAUGAGGAGAAGGCCCACAGCUUGCGGGUCUUUACCAUCUCGGAGCUUAGGAACGCAACAAAUGAUUUUAGUAGGUUGCUUAAGAUUGGGGAAGGUGGAUUUGGGAGUGUAUAUAAAGGUACAAUUAAGCCUCCCGGUGUUCAUGGGGAACGGAUGGUCGUUGCCAUAAAGAAGCUUAACAGAGAUGGCUUGCAGGGUCAUAAAGAAUGGCUGGCAGAAGUUCAGUUUCUCGGUGUUGUUGAGCAUCCAAAUCUUGUAAAACUCAUUGGAUACUGUGCUGUAGAUGGUGAACGAGGCAUCCAACGACUACUUGUAUAUGAAUUCAUGCCAAACAAGACCUUAGAAGAUCAUCUUUUCAACCGAGCUUUUCCAGUUCUUCCCUGGCUAACAAGAUUAAAGAUAGUCCUUGGUGCAGCCCAAGGGUUGACUUAUCUGCAUGAAGAAUUGGAACUCCAGGUAAUAUAUCGGGAUUUUAAAUCAGCAAAUGUGCUACUGGAUGAGGGUUUCAAACCAAAGCUAUCAGACUUUGGACUUGCAAGGGAGGGACCAGUAGAUGGACGCUCUCAUGUAUCUACAGCGGUGGUGGGGACAUAUGGGUAUGCUGCCCCUGACUACGUUGAGACCGGCCAUCUCACAACCAAGAGUGAUGUAUACAGCUUUGGUGUGGUUCUAUAUGAGAUCCUUACAGGGAGACGAUCAUUGGAAAGAAACCGUCCAAGAUCGGAGCAAAAGCUUUUGGAGUGGGUGAAACAAUUCCCUGCUGAGAGUAGGAGGUUCAGCAUGAUAAUGGACCCACGGCUUCAAAACCAUUAUUCUCUAAAUGCAGCAAGGCAAAUUGCCAAAUUGGCAGACAGUUGCGUGAUCAAGAAUGCAAAAGAACGUCCAUUGAUGAGCACGGUUGUAGAAAGCUUGAAGCAAGCAAUCCAAGCUACAGAAGACGGGAACACUCAGAAGAGUUCUGAUUCCUCUGAAAUCCACCCGGUUGACUCUGAUGAGAAGUCAAAUCCUGUUGGCAUCUCUGCAUCUGCGGAGAGGCGGAUGGCCCACCUGGCCAGAGUUGAGUGAGAAUUUCAAUGUGGUCAGUAGAAGAAGAUUUAUGAUCAUGCAGAGAGCCCAAGUGUUUUAGAUUUUUGCUGACAAGGCACCUUUUGAUUCUUCAGCUGGUUUAAAUAUGUGGAUAUCCUAGAUACCCUCAGGGUAUGAAUCACAAUUCCGUCCAACUAUUCAAGUUUAUGGGAA